AAGUGGUUCCGCCCCAACGAUACAAAAUUAAAAAUUGUACGAAGUGUCACAACUUCAUAGCAAAACAGGACUGCUUUAUGGCGGUUUAGAUUUAGCAACAGCAGAAGAAAGAAAAGACUCAGCUCUGUAGUCUACCCCAAGCCAAAGGAAGGUUUCGUCUGAUUGAAAGCACAUCACCUGGAAAGGCCCUGAAAAGCAAUCUUGAAUAGCAAUCAUGAUGGCACUGGAUUGCGGUUCGUUGGAAUUCUUGAGCCCAUUCCCACUGCAGCCAGUCUCUGUUGACAAUUCCGAUUUCGAUGAGCUUCCCGUCGAGGAACGCCUGGAAAUCACCCGGCGCAAUCUUCAAGAAGUUCAGGCUAACCUGCGCAUCAAGAACAGCGAAUAUGAAGACCUACAGCAGGAAAUGAAAUUCCACGCAAUCAAAAACGAAGAACUGAUGGAUGUUGUCAAUGCCUUCCGAUCCUCUUCGGUCGAUCGGUCCCGCGACAUCAUGAAGGCCAAGGCGGAACAAAAUUCCGAACUAACCCUGCAGAAUCACGCGCUUCGAGAUCUCCUGACCAAAUCGGGAGAGGAAAUAGCGGCUUUGCAACAGGAGAUUCGGGAAAAGACUGCGGAGGGGGAAAGUCUGUCCUCCCAAAAGCGUUCCCACGAACGGUUGCAGGCACAGCUGAACGAUCUCGUAAAGACCUUAGAAAAGGUCGAGGUCAGCAACGUCGACAUUCCUUCCGAAUGGAUCAAUUUUAAAUGGAUUGGCAUUGGUGGAAAGAAGGGAGACGCUUCCGAUACUUACGAACACUCCAAGGCUAUCGAACUUAUCAGCGGCAAAAUCACUGCUAUGAAUGCUGAUCGCGAACGCCUCUUGAAGGAAUCCAAAUUGUACAGUCAGAGCGAUGGCGCAAAGGAGGCGAGGAUCGCGUCGCUGGAGCGACAGCUUCGUCAAACGGAGCACGAGCGAGACGAGCUGAAAGAGACAACCGACGCUCUCCACCAACGAAUGGCUGUUCGUGAAGGCAAGAUUGGAGCUCUCGAAGAGCUCUUCCAAAACAUUAACUCUAACCGAACCCUUGAAGCAAGAACGAGACGAAAAUCUAAGGUCUCCAUGGAUCGUAGCCAGCGUUCGCUCCUCGAAGACGAUGACGAUGAUGAAGAUUAUGACUGUGUUGAUAUCGACUCAACGGCGGGCGACAAGAGCGUCGCGCAAACAUUUGAGGAGAUGUUUGUCAAUAUUUGGACAAGCGUUACAGGUGGAAGUAGAGGCGAAGACGACAAUGACGACGACUCGUCACGCGGAAAUUCAUCCCAAGCCUCAACUUGCCUCUCUACGAAUUCCUACCACACCAAACAAAUUGAAGAUGAACUACAAGCAGCGGCUAGACAAGAAUUCGAGGAACUCCAAGAAAGCCACCAACUCCUCAACGAAGACUACGAAUCGGCUCAAUUCAAGAUAUCUGAUCUGAGUGCAAGACUCGAAGAAACAACAAUCAAGGCCAACUCCUUCGAAAAGAAGGCGGGAUUGAGAGAGGUAAUGCUGAAGGACGUCAUCCAGCAAUACAAAGAAUUGCAAUUGGAGCAUUCGUCUUCACUGGAUCGAGUGGAGCAACUGAAGCAAAAGGUGAAGGUAUUUGUGCAACGCGAACAGGAGCGAGAACAAGAACGAAUAGCUUCAGAGGCUGUGACUGCCAAUGGGAAUGUCAAGGGUUCUUCGACUGUGUUGUUGGUAGAAGAAACUCCUACCUUUGACAUGUCGGAACGAACCGAGAGGACUUCGAAUGACGAAACCGUAGGAGAAGAUUCUCCUUCGUCACCUUCCCACGGCUUGGAGAAGAACUUCGCGAUGGAAGAUUAUGAGCGCCUCGAAACAGAAUGUGAUCGUUUGCAACACGAAUUCGACGUUGCUAUCGAAAAGAUCAACGAGCUAGAGAAAGCACUGGAGACUGCCAAGGCCGAAGUUCGUGAUUCCCAAGCCACUCAGGUAGAACAAGCGCGAAAAAUUGCUCUUCUGGAAGGAGAAAAGACUGACUUGCAAGAGCGCCUUAUCGAGGCCUCAGCUAAAAUCAUGGACUCCCAGUCCACACACACUCAGCGAACAGUACAAGUCGAAGACGAAUUGCGUCUAGCAGAACUCCGGGAGCAAGAAGCUCGAGCAAAACAAGUGCAACGAGAGAAAGAUCUAUGGGAAGUCAUCGAGCAAUAUAAGAAGCUUGCUGAUGAAAAAGAAUCCACGGAGGGGAAGGAGACAGAGGCUGAAGACCAGAUGGUAUUGACAGAUAAGGUCAAAAUUCAGAAAAGAGAUUUGGUAUACGAGUACCGAAAGAUGGAGAAAGGUAAGUGGUUCCAUCCAACAUCUGCAUUUCUAGAAAUGAACUGUAUCACCUCCCUCGUUACUUAUUUACGUUUUGGUUUGGUCUAACAUUCGUCGUCUUGGUUUCAUCAAUCGAAUUCACCAGCCUUGGAAGAAGCCGUAGCAACUGAACAACAACUCGCAUCAGACAUGGAAAAUGCAAAGAAUGAAGCCGCAAAAUGCAGAGAGGAGACGAAGGCAAUUCGAAAACGCUUAGCAGGGUGUCAUUCUCAUUAUAAACAACUGCGAGAAGAAUAUACCUUGCUUCAGCAGGAAAACGAAGAAUUGGACUACCGUUUGUCCGAAGCUCAGACAAACGGACGCGUAGAAUCGUUGAGCUAACAUAACGACCAACUUCAUUCACUGAGCUGACAACAAAAAAAGAAGCGAGUAUCCGAGUAUGAAACCACAAAAUUGUGGUGACUAUAGCUACUGAAUCUGCUCUUUCGUGAUGACAAGGAUAGUAUGGACAGGUGAGCCUGCUUGCAUUAAGGUUGCAAACAUUAACGUUUGGUGAAAGAUGUACCAAGGGCAUGAUAUUCCCUCAAGAAGAACCAAGAAGAUGAAUAACAACUAGUACCAGUAGUAGUACUACAGUGAAAAGUAAACCUAAAUUUUUUUC